UGGCUUUUCCUGUGAGCUGGGAGGGUUUGCUUCUCAAUCUGCUUUGUCGGUUGGUUUUGUGGCCGGUGGCGUCCCCUGGCAGGGCUGGUGCUUCCCCAGCGGGAAGAGGAACGGCGGUGGCCGCGGGAGGGCUGGGCCCAGGCAGCCGGGGAGCCCUCUGGGGCUUUGUGUUCGGCCGCGUCGAGGAGGAGCUGCAGGGGGUGGAGCGGGUCUCCCCCGGGGGGCUCGGUGCCGGUGCAGCGCAAGCUGUGGGGGUCAGAAGGUGCUGGGUUGGGCUGGGGAGCCUUGGUACAACCCGCCGCAGGUGCGUCCCUCGGGGCCUCUCGGCCGAGCGGACGGGAGAGCAGCCAGCACGUCUCCUUCUCCGGGGCUUGGCGCUGGUUGCCUGCAGGGAGAAGGUGUUUUUAGGUUACUUCACUCUCAGGUCUGGCCUGACGUGGUUUCAUGUAUCUAGAGCACGAGGAAAAGGCUUUUCGCAGCAAACUGGGAGGGAAACAAAAAGGGGCGUUUUUUACUGUUUGAUCUGAAAGCGCUUGAGAGCGAGGAGAACCUAGGUCAGAUUUUGUGCGUUCCUCCCUCUGUUGUUUGGGUUUUUUGUGUGUUUUGUUUGUUUGUUUGGGGGUUUUUUGCCAUUUGUAAUUUGUUACUUUGCUACCUGUAACACAUUACUAAGGAAGUGACGUGUUGAUCCCCUACACCAGUGCUUGUACAAUCAAAACUUACCCAAAUACAUUAUUUCCACCAGACAUGCCUGAGGUCACCUAAUCCCGUUGUCUGCAGAGUGGUUCAGGUUGUUCUAGUAAGGGCUUCCUGCUAGCAGGACUCUCCCACAAGCAACUGAUGCCUGGAGGUUCAAAUAUGUCCCAGGGCAGACAUCUGAGCCCAGCCUAGGGUUACUGUUAGGGCCAGGACUAGAGUGAGGAGAAUGAGAAGUAGGAAACCUAUAGGCAUUAUAGAUGGGUGCCCAGGUAUGGUUUUUUCUAGAGUGGUAGAUGGCUCUUGCCCUUUUUUCACCAUGGGAUGCUAUGAUUUGGACACUACUCUUCCAGUGACAAGACCUUUACCUGGAUGGCAGGCAGGGUAUGCAUCAAGUGCUGCCACAAGUCAUCUGGAAGAGAAGGAAAACAGAGUCGAUUUUCUGCUCUGUGUGUGGCUUAGCAGAUUGGUUUCAGGUUGUAACACUGAUGCUCUUGACCACACUGUUUAUCUCCAGUCAUAAUGCAUAGAGAAGGGAAUGGAGUCAUGACUCCUGCCCUCCCUUUUUGACUUUGAAACAGACAGUAAGCUGAUGGUACCCUGUUCUGAUCACUCCUAAUCACCUAAAACUUCAUCCUUUCCUUUUGGGAUGUAACAUGGGUGGAGACCACUGUGUGGGGAGAAAGAUGAGUGGCUGCUGAAAGCCUGUGGUAAGUUGGAUGUUGAUUGUCUUCUAAGUCAGUAAGUGGGUAAUCAGAAAAUCCCCAUUGGCUUGUCUGCAAAGCAAUUACAAAGGUUUGCUCUCUCUAAUGGAAAAAGUUAAUGGCUUUAAAGCAGAAAGAUUUUCUCAGUUGAAGCAGAUGCAUGGAUUACAAGUUCAGAAGAAAGUCUCUGAUGCUGUUCAGUAGGCAUAAAUCCCAUAAAGCAACUUUAAUUAUGCUCUGGCUGUGUGUUCAAUGAAGAACAGAAUCUGUAUUCGUGCUGCAACCCACCUCCUUCUCAAAAUAGUGAACUACGACUUGCUACAGAAGCCCCUAGUUAAGGUUUUGAAACUGUCAGGGUUUGGUCAGAAGAAGGCUGGACCACCCUGGUGACAUGCCUCAUGCCCUUUGAAUAGGAAAUACCUUACUCCUAACAAUGCAAGAGCCUACACAUCCCAAAACAGAGUGCACAAGUGCUCGUGCUUCCCCUGUGACUGAUACCCAUCUCAGCUGUGAACGGAUGCCAGAGAGCCCGUAGUCAAGCUCCAGGCUCAGCUGGAGAGGAGCAUCUGUUGGCUGCUGUGGCUUAGAUGUGCUCUCCUCCCUUUCCUCAUAGGAGCUGUGAGACCUAGAAGGGAUGAGUGGAAGAGGAGUCUUGCAAAGAAGUAUCGUUUCCCUACCACAUGGAUUACUUUCCACAAACUGUGAUGAAAAGGCUCUGCAUUUGGUGUUUUGAUUUUCGCCAGUUGCUCUGCAGGAAAGGAUUGUGCAACAGUCGAGGAUUACUGAGCUUUUGGAAGAAGCAGAGAACAUGCAUUCGGAUCUCAAACUCCAGAGGGGGAAGAUUCUUUAACUGUGCAGUAUCAGAAAUUGCUUAAAUUAUGGAUAACCUGCUGCAUAAGUCUGCCUUGUCCUAUUUCAUAAAGCUUCCUAUCCAUGCAAUUUGGAAACUUGUAUCGGCAGUGAAAGACAAGAGGACUCAAGAAAAGGUUGCACGUCUUCAAAAAAUCCCUGAUGGUGACAAUGAGACAAUGAUUCCUGUACUGUCUUCUAAAAAAGCAAGUGAAUUGCCAUUUGAUGAAGUUGCAAGCAUUCUGCAAGCUAAUCUUCAGAAUGGCUUAAAAAACUGUGAAGUUUGUCAUAGACGGGCCUUCCAUGGAUGGAAUGAAUUUGAUAUUAGUGAAGAUGAACCACUGUGGAAAAAAUAUAUUUCCCAGUUUAAAAAUCCGCUUAUUAUGCUUCUCCUGGCAUCUGCAGUCAUCAGUGUUUUAAUGCAUCAGUUUGAUGAUGCUGUCAGUAUCACUGUGGCAAUACUCAUUGUUGUUACAGUUGCCUUCGUUCAGGAGUAUAGAUCAGAAAAAUCUCUUGAAGAGCUUAGUAAACUUGUGCCUCCAGAAUGCCAUUGUGUACGAGAAUGUAGAGUGGAACAUACACUUGCCAGAGAUUUAGUCCCAGGUGAUACAGUCUGCCUGUCAGUUGGAGACAGAGUCCCGGCUGAUCUACGAUUAUUUGAGGCUGUGGACCUUUCUGUUGAUGAAUCCAGUCUUACGGGCGAGACAGCUCCUUGCUCUAAAUCUGUAACUCCGCAGCCAGCAGCAACCAAUGGAGACCUUACUUCUAGGAGCAAUAUUGCUUUCAUGGGAACAUUGGUCAGAUGUGGAAAAGCAAAGGGGAUAGUUAUUGGAACAGGAGAAAACUCUGAAUUUGGGGAGGUUUUCAAAAUGAUGCAAGCAGAAGAGGCUCCAAAGACACCUCUGCAGAAGAGCAUGGAUCUCUUGGGAAAACAGCUCUCCUUGUAUUCCUUUGGUAUAAUAGGAGUCAUUAUGCUGGUUGGUUGGUUGCAAGGAAAGCAUAUACUUGAUAUGUUCACAAUUGGUGUAAGUUUGGCUGUAGCUGCAAUCCCUGAAGGACUUCCAAUUGUGGUAACAGUGACACUGGCCCUUGGUGUGAUGAGAAUGGUGAAGAAACGGGCUAUUGUAAAAAAACUGCCUAUUGUUGAAACUUUAGGUUGUUGCAAUGUCAUUUGUUCAGAUAAAACUGGAACUCUGACAAAGAAUGAAAUGACUGUUACUCAUAUUUUUACUUCAGAUGGGCAGCAUGCUGAGGUUACUGGGGUAGGUUAUAACAGGUUUGGAGAAGUGAUGCUUGAUGGUGAAGUUAUUCAUGGUUAUAACAACCCAUCCAUUAGCAAAAUUGUUGAGGCCGGUUGUGUGUGCAAUGAUGCUUUGAUUAGAAACAACACGUUAAUGGGGAAGCCAACAGAAGGGGCUUUAAUUGCACUUGCUAUGAAGAUGGGUUUAGAUGGAGUCCAGGAAGACUACAUAAGGAAGGCUGAAUAUCCCUUCAGCUCAGAACAAAAAUGGAUGGCUGUUAAAUGUGUUCACAGAACACAGCAGGACAAACCUGAAGUUUGCUUUAUGAAAGGUGCUUAUGAACAAGUCAUUAGGUACUGUACAUCCUAUAACUGUAAGGGACAGACUCUACCUCUUGUUCAGCAACAGAGAGAGCAAUACCAGGAAGAGAAGACAUCUAUGGGCUCUGCAGGACUUAGGGUUCUGGCGUUAGCUUCUGGUCCUGAAUUAGGACAACUGACUUUUUUGGGGCUUGUGGGAAUAAUUGAUCCUCCACGGACAGGUGUAAAAGAAGCUGUUAGUACGCUGAUCACCUCGGGAGUUGCAAUAAAAAUGAUUACUGGAGAUUCACAGGAGACUGCAGUUGCCAUUGCUAGUCGACUAGGAUUGUAUUCCAAAAAUUCACAGGCAAUCUCUGGAGAAGAAAUAGAUGAUUUGGAUAUUCAGCAGCUUUCUCAAAUAACACCAAAGGUUGCUGUAUUUUACAGAGCCAGUCCCCGACAUAAAUUGAAGAUUAUAAAGUCCCUGCAAAAUAAUGGUGCAGUAGUAGCUAUGACAGGAGAUGGAGUGAAUGAUGCUGUUGCUCUGAAGGCUGCGGAUAUUGGUGUAGCAAUGGGACAAACCGGAACAGACGUUUGUAAAGAGGCAGCAGAUAUGAUCCUUGUGGAUGAUGAUUUUCAGACAAUAAUGUCUGCAAUUGAAGAGGGUAAAGGAAUUUAUAAUAACAUUAAAAAUUUUGUUAGAUUUCAGCUGAGCACGAGUAUAGCAGCACUGACUUUAAUCUCAUUGGCUACAUUAAUGAACUUUCCUAAUCCUCUCAAUGCCAUGCAGAUCUUAUGGAUCAAUAUUAUUAUGGAUGGACCUCCAGCUCAAAGUCUUGGGGUGGAGCCUGUGGAUAAAGAUGUUAUUCGGAAACCUCCGAGAAAUUUGAAGGACAGCAUUCUGACCAAAAACCUGAUUGUUAAAAUACUGGUUUCAUCAAUAAUUAUCGUGUGUGGAACACUCUUCGUCUUCUGGAGAGAGUUAAGAGACAAUGUAAUAACUCCUCGAGAUACAACAAUGACUUUCACCUGUUUUGUAUUUUUUGAUAUGUUCAAUGCUUUGAGUUCUAGAUCUCAGGCAAAAUCUGUGUUUGAGAUUGGACUUUGCAGUAACAAAAUGUUCUGCUAUGCCGUCCUUGGAUCCAUAAUGGGGCAGUUACUGGUCAUUUACUUCCCUCCACUUCAGAAAGUUUUCCAAACAGAGAGCCUCAGUAUCUUAGAUUUACUGUUUCUUCUGGGACUCACUUCCUCUGUGUGCAUAGUGACUGAGAUCAUAAAGAAGUUUGAAAGAAGCAAGGAAAAGAUCCAGAAACGUGGAAGUUCUUCUUCAUCAACUUCGUCUUUUCUUGAUGUAUGAUGCAUAUUGCAUUCUUUUGUUUGCAAACUUAGGGAUUGCUGUCUAAAGAUGUAGGAGAAAGCAAAACAAUAUUUGGAGGAUAAAUCCCAAGGGUUUUUGACAAGCCCUUCGUUUCACUGGCUAAUGAUGAACAUUCAUGUUUCAAGACUGUUUAGAAUUUAACUUCCAGCUGUGGGAGUAACAAAUGAAAUUAUGCAACUUUGGUAACAUUUUUUCCUCAAACAUAAAUUUACUUUAGAAAUUGACUGGGACUGGGGGGCGGGGAGGGGGUGUGUGUUAAUUUAAAGCAAGACCUAAGCCCAAGUCCCAUUUUCUGCACUUAAAAGAUACAACUGUGUAAAAUCCUUCUCUUAGAUAUAAAUAUUUUAGUUUGUUUUUAUUUAAAACAUUGUACUAUUUUACGGUGGUGGGACUUUGCUACUAAUACAAGGAUAAAACAAUAUUUCAGAGGCAUUCCACUGGGUUUAGAGUCUGUCACAAGAGUGCCAUAUUCUAGCUACUGUAUUUAUUUACUUUAUCCUGCAAUGUGUAAGCGGCUCAAGUACCUUGUGCUACAGGUUUUUUGUAUCCCAAGUUGUUUGGUUUUUUUUUUGCACAGGAUGUGACCGCUAUUGGAUCACUGUUUUUCUUUUCUUUUUCUGUGAUUGGAAAGCCUAUACUGCAAUUUGAAGUAAAUGUUUGCUUUUCUUAAAA